UGCCUAUUUUUCUAUUGCCUAUAUAUAUCAACGAGAUCUCAUGGCUUAUAUGCUUCCUUUAUUUGAUUAUUAAAAACUCGUAUUUAAUAAUUUGAAUGCAACUUUUAUUGUUCAAUUGAAGUCUUUUUAGAAAUGUGGCAGCUUUUUUCCUUCAAACGGUGAUGGAUUGAAGCAUGUGGGAUCCUACCACUAAUCUUUAUAUUUCUAUUGAAAUGACAAUGCCGGAGUGACCCUGUUUAAGCUCAUUCUCAUUUUAAAGAGCACACUCUAUCGUUAUUUGCCAGAGAUUUUAGAGCUUUUUCAUUACUAAUAUGAGGAAUUUAAACCUCUAGUAAAGUAAAAGCCAGCCAAUAUGAACAGGUUUUGGGAAAGAUCAGACAGAUUAAACACAGAUCAAGCUCAAACAGAAACAACUGAUAAAGAGGCGCCCUGGAAGGACUUGGGAACAUCAAUGAACUCAAUUUCAUUUGGUUUUGUCGCCACUGCAAUUUUGGUAUCUAUGUUCCUCAUAAUGGCAAUAUUUGAGUAUCUAAUCAGACCAAGGCAAUCAUUAGAGCAGCCUCAAAACGAAAGUCCAGAGUCAUUUGGGGAGAAUCAACAGCAGUCUCAAUUGCACUCAGUUGGAAAGCUUCUCAACUCCAAAUCUGAGGUUCUGGGUCCAACUCCUGAUUUUUCUGUACUGAUGCCAGGGCAGAGGUUUCCUACCUUUCUUGCUCAGCCUGCACCUCUUCUUCCUUGCCCGAGAGAAGGAAUUUACUGGCCUUCCCAUCACCAACAUACAUUUGAUUGUCCGUAGCCUCACAAGCCUUAUGUGGGAAUAUUCACUAUCAUUAUCAGAGUCAUUCAGUUGCACUAUAGAUUCUCGUGACAAUGUGAGAAGAAACUAUGUGAGAAAUACUUUUUCUUCUCGGAAAUAAUUACAAUGGGUGGCUUUUUUGGCUGGAAUGAUAAAUUUUUAUUUUUUAGUUUCAAAAUCUAUCUGCAAUGUAGUUUGACCGUCAGUUUUU